CCGUAUCUUACGAUUCUUCCAUUAACGAGCAAUCUCUUCGCAAUUCCAUUAAUAGAAGGAAAUGCAUAGAGUUUGUGGACAGUGUGUGUGACUUUGCGUCUGCGAGUUAAUGAAUUUUAACCUAUCAAUAACGAAACAAACAACGUUGUAGCUGCUCACAAUGGACUCUCCCAGUGUAGUUCGCUUCUUUGGAAUUACGCUGGCCCCAUCCACUUUCAGCAUUAUAUACGAAAAGUGCCACCGAGCAAAUUUAAGGAAACUUCUUGAUGCCCCGCAGAUUCCUUUAGAUGACGAAUUUAAACUGUCUCUAAUUAUGAAUCUAUUGCAGGGUGUUGCUGCUAUCCACGCCCAUCCGACGAUUAAAUUCCAUGGAUCCUUGUGUUCUUAUUUGUGUGGCAUUACUAAUCAUUUUGGAUUGAAAAUUUGUGGUCUUGGAUGUGACCGAUUAUUGCAAUACACCGGCCUGAAUCGCGGCACUCACUUGCUUGGUGACCUUUUUACAUUUCCUGAGAGCGGCGAAACAAGAGUCCAAAUUACUGAUCGCAGACCGAAUGACAUUUACGCCGCUGGAGCAAUUUGCACCGAAAUUUUUACGGAACGUGUUGUCCUUAAAAGCGACAGAGAGCAUUUAAUUACUUUAGUUGCUAAUCUUCCACCAAAAGAAAAUCUGAAGUACGGAGCAGUUCUUCUGUCUUGCUUUGAUAGCGACGCAACGCGUCGUCCGACGGUUAAAAAAUUAAAACAAGCAUUUUCCCCUAAACGGAAGAAAGUCACAGUUAUGGAGAGAUUACUGCAACGUUUAGCUAAGUAUUCUAUGGAACUGGAACAUCUGGUCGGUUUAAAAACUCAGGAAUUACUUCUGGAACGAAGCAAAUGCGAUGAGAUUCUACUGCAUAUACUACCAGCAGCCGUAGUGGAAGCGUUGCGUAAACACGAGAAAAUACUACCCGAACCUUUCGACUCCGUAACGAUAAUGUUCAGCGAUAUUGUUGGAUUCGUACAAUUUGUCGCAUCCGUAACGCCGUACCAAGUCAUCGAGUUCCUGAAUACAGUGCACGGCCUUUCGGAUAAAAUAAUAUGUGAUUUUGACGUUUACAAAGUUGAAACGAUAGGCGAUAUUUACUUCAUUGUGAGCGGCUUGCCAGUGAGGAAUGGCAUCACACAUGCAGCGGAGAUUUGCUACACAGCUGUCACCUUUUUGCAAGUCUUCAGCACUAAAUUACGAAGUUUUGACGAAUCAAUGGCUAUUCGGAUUGGAAUACAUACUGAAGGUCCUUGUAUUGCUAGCGUGGUGGGUCUACAGCGUCCACGCUAUUGCCUGUUUGGAGACACGGUGAACACAGCAUCCAGAAUGGAGUCGUGUGGCGAACCAAACCGCAUUCAUAUCAGCCCCAUGACUACGGAGUUAAUAAGGAAUAACACAGCAUUUCGAUGUGUGCUUAGAGGUUCUAUUCUGGUUAAAGGCAAAGGAGAAAUGACAACGUUCUGGCUUGAAAAACGUGACCUUUUGUAGCUGUUUUUGUACAGCAUAUGUAUUAUUGUCGUAGUACAGAACAAAAAAAUUAUGUCCUAGUAUAUGCUUUGCACAAACGAGAAUAUACUGUA